AUGAGGACCAUCGUCAUAACGGUAAUACCUGCUGCAUCUGACUCACCAGAGCUCCUGCUGGGAGAAGUGUAUCAAUACAUGCAUGAAACCAUAACUGUUAAUGGCUGCCCCGAAUUCCGAGCCAGGGCCACUGCAAAGGCAACAGUUGCUGCUUUUGCUGCAAGCGAAGGCCAUUCACACCCGCGAGUUGUGGAGCUGCCAAAGACUGAUGAAGGCCUGGGCUUUAAUGUCAUGGGAGGAAAGGAACAGAAUUCACCUAUUUAUAUUUCUCGCAUCAUUCCUGGAGGAGUGGCGGAAAGGCAUGGAGGGCUCAAACGGGGCGACCAGCUGCUUUCGGUUAAUGGAGUGAGCGUGGAAGGAGAGCACCAUGAGAAGGCGGUGGAGCUGCUGAAGGCAGCGAAGGACAGCGUCAAGCUGGUGGUACGCUACACUCCCAAGGUACUGGAGGAGAUGGAGGCUCGCUUCGAAAAACUGAGAACAGCCCGGCGCCGGCAACAGCAGCAAUUGCUCAUUCAGCAGCAGCAACAGCAGCAAACUACACAGCAAAACCAUAUGUCGUAG